AUGCGGUUGACUCGAAAAGAUGAUGAUCAAAAUUUCUUCCCCUUAUCUAAAGUACAGAAGCAUUUAGUCUGUAUCAAUCUUAAAGGACGUCAGGUUGUGAUUACUCGAACAAACCAGAAUACCCUUUUCAAUUCAAACCCAAAUUCCACAGACGAAGCGAAACUUAAAGAUAAAGCAACUGAAAACCACGUCAAGAUAGGUUCCUUCGUGUUUAACUCUCAUAACUUCAACAAGGCAGGUAACGUCAAUCCCUUUGACCUUGAGGAUUACCUGGAAGAUGAUCAGGAUGGUUUGACCCAGAGCAGUCACGUGAACGGAUUGAGGGCGCAGCGGAAAUACUCCAAAGUGAAAGAUUUCUGGGAAAAACAGCAAGAUCAACAGCAGAAAAAGUGCUCAUUGCAAACCAGCUUGAAAGUAACUAAUCGCAGAGCUGUGUCAAGCUCACCGAAACCACCACCGAGGUCCAAAAUGAUAUCUUCCGGAGAAGAUGAACCUGACAACGCAAACGCCACCGAAACCUUCAAUUACAUCGAAAACAAGGCUAAAAAGCUGCAAGACGAGAUUGCAAAACGACAACCAGUUAUUUCCAAACACAAGAAAAUGACCGCCAUCAAACGAGAACAGAUGGAUAUAAGCUCCGACCAAUCAAUUCGUGACAAUGGCUUAGCUUCGCUUGCUUCAAAAUCAGCGAGUGAUGUCUCGCUCGCCGAAAGCGAAUUAACCGACGUGUUAGCCAAAAAACAAGGAGCUUUGAAAGAGCUGAGGAUUUUACAGGAGGCCGCGAAGAAAAAUCGAGAUGAAAUAAAAAGCUCAGAAGAGGAGAUGAAAGAAAGGAUAAAAAGGUACGAAAUGGAUAUUCUUAAUUUAGAGAAGAAAACAGAUCAAGUCAGAUUAGAACUGGAACUGAAAAGUUCGAAACUAAAACAGGCGGAACUGAAGUUGGAAAACAAGCUGGCUCUCAACACUUCAAAAGUAGAUGCAAUAAUCAAUGAAAAUGGUGAGCUGAAAUUCAAACUAGAAAGUUUGGAAAGUACCAAAAGUGAUUUAGAACUGGAAUUCCAAUCUCAGACGGACAAAUUUUCUGAUGAACUGAAAGCCAAAAAUUCUAAAAUCGAUACGCUUACGGUCGAAAUAGAAGAACUGAGUACUCAAAAUGAAGAAUUGGAAAAAGAAAUUUCAUUCAUUCAACAAAAUAAUUCAAAUGCUGAAAAUGAGUUCAAAGAAGUGGUAUUGAAACUUCAGAUGCAAAUUGGAAAGUUAAACGAAGAAAUGCAAUCCAAAAAUAAAGAAAUUAUCAGUGCGAAUGCGAAAAACCAGGAGUUAGAAAAUAAUUUUGCAUCUGAAGUGAACAGAUUGAAAAAAAUUGUAGUUGAAAAAGAUCAAGAAAAUAGAAGUGUGAAUGAAAAGCAAAUAUCAACGAUGUCUCAAAAAGUUACUGAAAUAAAUAGAAUGAAAGAACUAAUGGCCGAAGCAAUUCAGGUUCUGAAAAGUGCAAAACUAAAUGAAGAUGAAAAUGAAAGUAUUAACGUAGAGUUCAUAGUUCAUGAGGCAAAGUUAUUCAAAAGAGAUCGCUUAAACAUGGCGAAAGAAAUCGAUCGACUGAACAAUGAGUUGAACGAAUUGAACAAAUUCGUGUCUAAAAUUAAAGGAGAAACUUCAGAACGUGAACAAAACCUGAAGAAAACUGUCGAAAGUUUAUCGGACGAAUUGCGCUUGAAGAAUAUCAAAUUAGAAAAUGAAGCUAGUGAUUUCGAGAGACGUGAGAAAAACUUAAAACUUGAUUUAGAAAAAGCCAAAAACGAGCUCGAUUUGAAGCUGCUAGCCGCAAAUGAAACUUUUCAGCAAAAAGUUUCAAAUUAUGAAGCAAAAAUAGAGAAACUACACUUGCAGCUGGCUGAAAAUAUCAAAGAUCACCAUGAAAAAAUCAAUCAACUCACGAUAAGUUUUCAGUCCGAAAAAGAAAACUUAGAGAGAACUAAGAAUGAAGAAAUAUCUCGUAUGUCGGAUGACUUCAAAAACCAAUCGGAACAAGAUAUAAACAAAAUUCAAGAUAAUGCUUCGAGUUAUUAUCAUGAAUUAAACGAAGUCACUACCGAAUUAAAAGUACUGAAAAAAUCCGAGGACAGGAUUCGAAAGGAGCUCAACGCUCUAGAAAAAACUGUGGACGUAGAAAUAGAAAAUGCUUGUAAGGUCCUCAGUUCUGUGAUGGGUCUUGGAUUACCCGUCACAUUUCCGCCAUUUGGCAAUGUUUCGAACCGCAUCAAAGAUAUUUUGUCUAAACUUGCCCUUCUGAGGGCUUUAGUGUCAGAAUUGAGAGGUUAUGUGGAUAACAUAAACCAAAAUUCAGAACAACUGCGAAAUAAAGUUAUCGAAACUGAGCAGAAAUCUCGAUUUGAGCUUCAAAACCUCGAAAAGCGCCUAAAGCAGGAUAAAAACGAAGCGAUGGCGAAGGUGAGGGAAGAAAUUAUAGAUGAGUAUUUGACUCAAAUUGAAGAACUGAGAAAACUUAUCGAAGACGAAAAAAAUGUUUCGCGCAAAAUUAGAUGUCAGCUGCGCGAAAAGGAUGAGCAAAUACAUAGCAUGAAAAUUUCGAUGAAUGACUGGAAAAUGAAGACGAUGAAUGAAUUGGAGAAAACUAUUCGAGAUCAAAUUGAAGUCGAAAUAGAAUCUAGGAUACAGAGACAAAAUUUAGUGAGACGAGAACUCCUGAAUGAAAAAGAAAGAGAAGCCAAGAGACUCAGUGAUCAAGUUUUGCACCUCAAUUCUAGGAUUCAAACUUUAUCAAACCCAUCAGUCGAAAGUACAGAAGAUGAGGUAACUAGGAACGCUGCUAUUCGGCUAAUACGCCAACUUCAGAAGAAAAACAGACAGCUGCAACAGGAUAACAUGCAGUUAAGACUAAAAGAAAGAACAUCGUAUCAGAAAACUUCGAAUUUAGCUGAAGGUUGUCUAAGUGCAAACACCGCGUCGGUUGAAAAUUUCGAGCUGCUGGGAAGCUGCGUGAAGAAGUUGCUAGACGAGGAUAGAAAGAAACUGGCUGCUUCAAUGUCUGAUUUGACCAUAUAUGGUGUUUAGUAUUUUAUUAAAUUCAAAUUAGUAUUUAAAUCAUCU